AUGAAAGUGGAAGUCUUUAGUGUAUAAACCAUUUCUGAAAAUGGAGCACUUUGUUUAUUAUUGAUAAUUGAAUAGAAAAAUCAUAAAUUACAAAUAAUGCUAGAUUGUGGAUUGAAUUAAAGAUUGGAAUGUAAUCACAUUAAACAUUAUAUGAAUAAAAUUUAGAAAGUAAUUAAUUAAUCUAUAAUAGUCAAAAUUAGUGCUAUUAUCAUAACCAUCUAUUGAGUAUGCUGGAGGUCUUCCUUUAAUUUCUGAAUUCUAAAUAAAAACUUUAUCUACUAGUCCAAUAAUUGAAUUUGGAGUCAGAAAUUUUGUUGAUCAAUUGAUUCAUUUAUAAUAAGCAUUUCUUAAAAAAGAGGUUAUGGAAGAAGACUUUAAAUAAGAUUGGAAGAGAAUUCUAGAUGCUGCAGAUGAUGCUUAUCGUCAAAUUAAACCAUUAAAAUUUGGAUAGAGUGAAACUAUGAUGUUUGAGAAUGGAUUAUUUUAAGUGACUGUUUGUCCAAUUAGAGCAGGUAAAGUUAUAGGUGCAUGUGCUUGGAAAAUUUAAGUGAAUACAUUAAAUAUUAUUUACAUCACAGAUUAUAAUAUGAUAAAAGAAUUACACAUAGAUUCUUUGAAUAUAGAACGUUUAUUAAUUAAGAAUUAAAAAUAAUCACUUCUUCAAAGAGAAAUUGUUGAUUUACUGAUUUUAGAAAAUUAUCCAAAGGAAAUAAUAUAACCUUAAAAUAAUUAAUAGAUAUUACCUCCUUAGUUUUUUAUUAAGUCAAAAAUGGAAGAAGAAUUGAGCAUAUAUCAUAAGAAAUAAUAAGGAUAAUUAAUAUUUGCAUUUUAUCCUAAUGAAAGAAUUUUAGAGGGAAUUAAAUCAUUACAUUAAAUAUUUAAGGAAAAUGAGAAGUAUGUUGGAAUGAAAUGGGAUAUAAACGUUUUAUAUCUUGAUUUAGUUGAUAAGGCUAGAACAUUUGGAGAAUUUUUAUGUUGGGAUAAUAUAUAAUCACUUAAUUAUGAUAAUUAAUCAAAAAUUAAAUCAUAAAUUAUACUUACAUCCUAUAAUAAUCUUUUUUCUGGUCCAUUCUAUUAAGAAAAUUUAUUAACUGAUCCAAAUAAUACAAUUAUAAUAUUUGAUAAGCCUCCUUGUUUAAUUAAUGAAAAUAUGGGUAAGAUUAGAAAGAGUUUUGAAUUGAAUUUAUAAAUAAAAGAAUCAUAUUCAAUAAAUUUAAAUUAUAUAAGAAAGUAAAAAAUAAUAUAUAUAUUUUAGAUUAUUAUUAAAAACAAAUGAAAAAGAAAAUAAAUUAAUAUCUAAUGCACCUAGUACAACUUAUUUACCAGGUAGUACAACAGAUUUAGUAGAAACUUAGAGUGUAGAUAUUGGAAUCUAAAAGACAGAUGAUUAAUUUUCAGUAUUAAGUGAUUAGAAACCAAACUUAGAACCUUUAUUUGAUAAAAAUAAUUAUAAGUCACAUAAUUAAUUGUAUUUUAUAGAAAGUGAAAUAAAAGGUAAAAUAAUAUAUAUCUAUAUUAUAGAAUAAAUAUAAUUUACAACUGCAUAAUUAGACAAACCACUAAGACCUAUGUAAUAACUUCAUUUAAGAGAUGAUUAUGGAUCAGAUAUACCUAAAUAUAUUAAAUUAAUGAAGAGUAAAAGAAGAUAAUAAAUUGAAACACAAACUUAAUAGAUGGAAGAAGAAUAAGAUGCAGAGAAUGAAAAAUAAAAAUUGUAAGAAUCAACUUUUGCUAUGCCUAAUAUGAAUAAAGUUUUAAAUUAAAAAAUAGUUACAGUUUAAGCAAUGGUAUCUGUAAAAUAAUUACCUUAAAAUUUAAGAAAUGCUUAAAUGUUAUUAGAAUAUUUAAAUCCUUAGAAUCUAUUAAUUUUAAAUCCAAGUACUAAACCUAGAUAAGGUGGAAUUUAAUUAGCAGUUGCAAAAUAAAGUUAGGCUUAAUCACUAAUUUCAUUAAAUGAUGGAUAAAAUUUACCUUUUGUAGAAAUGUAAGAGAAAUAGAUAGAGAUAAGAUCAGCAAUAUAAGUAAAAGGGAAAUUAGAAUUGAAAAUCUUUAGAAAUACAUAAACAAUGAGUUAAAUUUUAAAAUUAGUAGCUACUUAAAAUAAGAAACCGAUUUGUCAUGAAAAUAUUUAAUUGUUGGCCUUAUAUGAAGAAUUAAAGAAGAGAGGAGAUUUAAAAUUGGAAUUAGGAUUUUGUUAAAUAAGUCUAAAUAAUGGUUAAGUAAUAGUAAGUAAAACAAAGUAAGGAUUCAAGGUAGAAGGAUAUUUCAGUAAUUUGUACAAAGAGGUUAGAAAUUUGAUAAAGACAUUAAAUAUCUGAUUUGAUAUUGUUAUGAAAUAAACGC